CAGUUCUUAGAAAUUAUUGACAACAAAUAUAUCAAUAAUCAAAUAAAUGAUCUUUUUUCAAAAUAUUAGUGAUUAGUUAACACUAAUGUCUGGCUACAAACGAGUUAGCUUUUAUGAAUUGUGUCGGUUAUGCGCAUCAAAUACACAAAAAGAAAAGACACAUAUUUUCAACGAAGAAGGAAGAAAAAUCCAACUUCAAGACAAAAUUCAAGCUUGUUUGGCCUUAACAGUUAAUGAAGAUGAUUCUUUGCCAAAAGUUGUUUGUUCAAAAUGUUUGCGAACUCUUGAAACCUGCUUUGGAUUUAGACAAGAAUGUGUUCGCUCUGAGUCUAUGCUAUCUACCUAUUUUAAAAAUUUCAGGUAUACGGACGACUUUAAGAAGUCAGGUAAAGUCUACAUUAAGGACAUAAAAUCAUCACCAGUCAUACAAUCAGUCCUUGCUCCUAUUCCACCUGUACCAACGACACAUAUUCAGGCUGCACCCCAAAGUAUUGCUGUUAAUAAGGCUCCGCAAAACAUAGAACAAGUACCUUUUUAUACAUUACAACUUCCAGCUAUCGUUUCGAAUCCAAAUAUAGUUAAUAAGGCACAAAAAUGUACAGAACCCCAAAAAACAACCCAGAACCAAUUCGCUUAUAACCUGAAUCUUCUUAAUACGACUAGUAUCAAAGCUAAUUUACCAAAGACAGAAAUUCUCAGUAAUGUAGUGGUCAAUUCGCAUGGCGAAGUUUUGAAUAUAUCACAUUUGGGCGAAUUCGAAGCUAUUUUAAACCAAGAAAAUUCGAUGAAAAUAAAAAAUAAGCAAAUAAAACGUAAAGACACUAAUAGUGUUCAAAACACUGUCGUUCAAAUAGAUUUAACCGAGUCUGAUAACUCUGAGUUUGAUACAGAAGCUAAAUUUGAUAAGUUGCCUCACAUUAAGAGCACUCAUAAUCAUGAUAAGUAUUCAUAUCCCAAUAAAGUAGAAGAAAAACCUCCAAACGAGACUGUUAUCUUUCCUAUUUCAGAAUAUAGUCAAUCUUUUAACAAUUUUAAUUCCGCUAAUGUAGUAUACUCUCAACCUAAUCUAAGUUUGAUAACCACUAGUUCUACGAAUACGAAUGUUAUAUCGAAUACUUCCGCUGCCCUAGAUAACCCUUCUUUAAAUUUAAUCAAUCAAAAUUUGCAAGAAAUUACUCCACCGUCUUAUACGAACGUGAUUUCAACACAUGUACCGCCCGAAAUUGAAAACAGUAAGACAGAUAUGGACCAAAACGAUCAUAUUAGUGAAACGGUAAAUACUGCACAAUUGAAUAGUUCGACAGUUCCUGUAAAAACUCAUGUCUGUGAAAUAUGUCAAAGGGCAUUUAAAAGAAAGGAACAUCUAUAUCAGCAUGUCAAAUUGCACACAGGGUUUAGACCUUAUAUCUGCGAACAUUGCAACAAGGCGUUUAUGAGAAAAGAACAUCUACUCAGACACAGUUCUUUACAUUCUGGCCAGAAAAAUUUUGUUUGUACUAUUUGUGAUAAGAGUUUCUCGAGAAACGAUAAUUUAUUAAAGCAUAAGAAAACUCAUGAUAAACAGGCUAGUUAUACUUGUGAAAUAUGUCAAAAACAAUUCGUAAUGAAGCACUAUUUCAAUGCUCAUAAGCUGACACAUGACAAAUAUUUCGUAUCUACCGUUUGGGGGCUUUUAAAGACGUAGUAUGAGUUCAAAAGUAGAGCGUAAGCAAAAAUACAAAUGGUUACUGCCAUGAUUUUUAUUGUUUAAUUUCAACUGUAUUAUGACUGAUAAUUUAUUAAUUGAUAUAAAGACAUGAUAAAAUUUUUACUCCCAUUAUAUGGGAGUAUGGUACUAUUAAAAUUUUAUUUAUUUAUUUAUUUUACAAAGCUCAUCAGGCCUUAAAGGCCUAGAGCUAAAAUACAAUUAACAUAUUACUUAUAUUACAAAACUUGUAUCAAGUGGGAUGCUCCUUGCCUGUUGACUUACUAUUUUCCUCCAUUCAUCCGUAUUUGUUGCUUUUUGUUCCCAACCACCAAUAGGGAACUUGCACAUUUUUUUAUUACAUAAUAAUGUUCAGUUUUGUAUAAAAAUGAGAUUUCCAAAAUUUCACGCUUCAAAAACUCAUAAUAAUUUAGAAGUACAAAUUUAAAGUCUUCUGUAUUUUAAAAUAGUUCAAACGACCCGUGACGUCACAUAGUUUAACUAUAUGGUUCCGUUUAUGGUUAUAUUUAGGUAUAUUCUUCUUAUUUUUCUUUAGUUUAUUGGCCUCCACCUACUUGGGUAUUUGGCCAGCUCGUCGUCGUGGAAUAAAGGAAAAAUAUUUAUAUUCUAAUGACAUUUAUCGUAUGUCAUUGUAAUAAUAUAUACCAGUUUGUUGAGAUUGGAGUUUGAUACAGUUUUUGAAGGAAAGGAAAGAAGGUUUACUGUAGAAAAUAAAACCAUUUUGUAAAAGUACAAGUUUUCUAUGAAUAGUUCAAACGAUCAAAAACACUUGUAACGUCACAUAACUGUAUUUUCUACUGACGUUUAUAAUGUCUAAUUUAAAAUUAUAUACAAUUUUGUUUACACUGUUGGUGUAUAAUGUAAACACAUAACCCGAUGACAUCACGACGCGUUUUGGGCUGGCUGGUAUAAUUUGAAUUUUUAAUCGUCUUUAGGGGCCAAACGAAAGACAAACAAAACUUUUUUAUCUUUGAUACUAUCAUAACAUUCAUUAAAAUAGGACGGCUGCGUUGGAUGGGACAUGUAGAAAGAAUGGAAGAAGGCGAAAUACCAAACAAAAUAUUCAAACAGAUGCCAGUAGGAAAAAGAACAAGAGGAAGACCGAAGCUGAGAUAUUUAGAACAAAUAGAAAAUGAUAUAAUAACCUUAAAAAUAAAAAAUUGGAGAAAAAAAGCACGAAACAGAUCAGAAUGGAGAAGAAUCCUGGAAGAGGCCAAGACCCAGAAGGGGUUGUCGAGCCAGGGAUGAUGAUGAUGACAUGUUUUAAAUUAUGUUCUGUUGUGAUUUAUAACAUUUUUUUCGAAUUUAAAAUUUUUUUAUGCAAGUUCCCUAUUCCCUGUUUCCACGUCAUUCGUGAAGUAUUGCCAAUAUUAUUUUUUUAUGUUUCAAAUUCCUGAAUUAUUGAUCUUACAAAUAAUAUGGUAAAAAAUGAGGGAUACCGGAUAACUUAAAAAAUAGACUUGGUAAAUAUGAUUUCUAUUGAGGCAGGCCUCUGUAGAAACAUCUUCCGCAACAUUUGUCGAAUCUUUUACUAAUAUUAGGCGGAAUAAAUGUUAUUUUUAUGAAUUCCUGUUAUUGGAGUAUUUCAAAAUAGUGUGCAGAUUCGAUUUUCUUGCUUAAUAAAAAUAUACCAUAACUCUAUUUGAGAGUUGUACACUUUUUUCUUGUUUUGUCAUAGUAUCAUACGACUGUAUACAGGUAGAAGCGAAAAAAUCACUACAUUUUGUUAUGAUUAGAUGAUUGGUUGGUUAUAUUAUGGUUAUAUGAUUAUAGACCUUUUUGUAAAGUAAUAAUUUUCAUGCAGUAACCAACUGGUAUUAUUAGUUUUUUUUUUUUUGAAGUUUACAGCUUGAUCUCUUUAGAUUGUAUCCGUUUAUAAAUAUAAAGACAAAACCUACUUUUAAUUGGGUAUUUGCCUUACAUAAAAAUAGAAGCUAUAGCAGGAAAACUUACUACACUGUUUGAUCACUUACUACACUCAUAUGUUGAUACCAAUACCAUACUGUUUUUUUUUUAAUAAUGUCUGAUAUUGAUGUACGUACAGUGCACAGAUUCUAAAGGUGCCGGUGGGGGAUGGCGUCUAUGCUGCGCAGUAUUAUAGUCGAUGUAUGAGAGAAAGUAUUCGAAAUAAUGAAAUAACAAAUUUCAAUAUUUCAUUAUUUCGAAUACUUUCUCUCUCAUACACCGACUCUAAUACUGCGCAUAGACGCCAUCCCCCACCGGCACCUUUAGAAUCUGCGCACUAGUCAGUUUACAUUUAUUUUAUUUUUUAAUUUUUUACAAAAAAAAAACAGGAAACAAAAGGAAAAUAAAGAUGUAAAACGAAGAAUAUUAAUAAGAAGAAAAAGAAACAUAUUAUGAUAAAAAGAAUUCUACAUAUUAAUCAUUUUCCUCUUUCCUUCCGUACUUUAUUUCAUAUAUUAUAUUAAACAGUAAGCGCCACGCUACUAGACACAUGAGUAGGUACCUAAUUGCUAUGCUUAUGGGCUAAUCCGGUCCGUUCUCAGAUGCGACUUUCAUGUUUGUCAUGUUACUGUCAAGAAACUAUUCAAAAUAAUUAUUUUUCCAUACAAAAAAUACAUUCAUUAAUAGUAUUGUUACUCUGCUUUAAAAUAACUUUCAAACACCAAAAAUAUUACAAUACUUUAAAACUUUUACAACUUUAACACAAUGACAACUUUAAACGUCAAAUACAGCUGAUCUAUUAACUGUCCACUUUCUAUGUUAAUCAGCCGUGUGAUGGAUGACCGAAGUUAUCGUUAACGUAAAGUUAUCCUGUAGUUAAGUUAUAAUCCUCGAAUUGGUGUGAUGUAUCAUAUUUAACUUAACUACUUGCGUUAUUUCUUGACAGUUCUUGAAUUAUCUGAUAUAUCAACUGUCACUUUAUAACUCGACGUUAAACCUCAAGUUAUGAGAUAACUCUGUAGUUAUGUAAGGUUAGGUUCAUCUUUUGACUUGUUUUUAGACAGAAAUCAAGUGAAUUUAGAAGCUAAUAAUUUAAUAAUUAAGAAUAGAAGGGUAAUGCCAAGUAAUACAAUUUUAAAAAUUAUACAAAAAUCAAAUCGAGAGAUAUAAGUUGAAAUUUUAUUUUAAGUACCUACUGAGCUUUCUGUCCAGAGUUGCCAGAUGAUAUUUGUAUAAAUCCCCCAUUUAGAAACUGAAAUUCCCUCAAAUUGAAGCUCAAAUACCCCAAAUUCAAAUUUUUGCCGCAUUUUAAUAAAUUAGUAGUCAAAUGAAGAGAACAGUAAACCAAAAUUAUACUACUUAUCAACGAGGGCCCUGGAAAUAAUUCAUAGUUCCUAUCGCCUUCGAUUAUAUGGGAGUAGAAUAUACAGUUCUAUGUACAUUCGCAAAUUUAAUUUACCAUGACCCCUUAAAAUCCCCCAUAAUUUUCUGCCCCCAAAAAAUCCCACUAAAACUUCUGCUUAGAAAAAUUUCAAAAUUGUGGGAAAAUACACCAAUCUGGCAACCCUGUGGCCCCAUCGACGGUGGUCGACGACGUACCCAUCCUGUAGCAUGUUCCGAACAAUCUCUUGCACUCACUCCAACUUGUACUAUUUCUAUAUAAGGUUCUCUUUGUUAUUUCGAACUUUGUUCCUCAAAAGUUAUUUCUAAUAUAACGUUGAAGAAAUAACUAUCUCAUAACGGUGACGGAUACAUCACACCGAGUUUUACCCAAAUAGUUAUGGGAUCGUUAUUUCUGAGAGUUAUCUUAACUUUAACUCAAACGUUAAAGAUAACUUCGGUCAUCCAUUACACGGCUGAAUAUUCGGUUUCUAUAUAUUUUCUGACGUUCUUAACGCCACUAGACAUGAAAGUAAACAGUGCAACAAGUGAACGGUCCAAGACUGUAUUAGCUCAAUGUUCCCGUUUGUCUAGUAGCGAGGCGGUUACUGUAUAUUAACCAUAUUGUUCUCUCUGGUAAAUGCAUAAAAAUAAAAAGAAGUGAUUAUCGUAUUUGCAUAUUUUUAUGUAAGUCAAAUCCCACUAAACCUCAAAUCUGUAUAACAGAGAGAUAUUUUUUGUGAUCAUUAUCUUUGUAACAGUUUAUAUCAAGUUUGCAGAUAAUUUUAACACGAUAACACCAUUAAAAUUUGCUGAUAUGACCAAGGUAUUAUAAAGAAGUAUUUUUUAUUUUAAACUAACAUACAAUUCAGCUGACAACGAGUACAAAAUUAAUAUUUGGAGAGAGAAUAAUGACUAAAAUUAAUACGUUUAGAAAUAAUUAAUGUUUAGUAUAUUUUAAAAAAUUAACAUAAUUGGCAUCUGCCGAUCCAGGACUUUUAAAUAAGAGCAGUUAUUCAUCAUGUUUAUUGCCAGUUAGAAAAAUGUGAAAUAGUAGAGUAUUCCAUAAAAGUAACGUUUUUGUUGUAAGAUAUUGUUUUUUUAACCCUUAGUUGCCGGAUUAAAAUAAUACAAAAACCUGUAAUUUUCUGAUGAAAUCUCUUCAAAAGUAGGUGCAUACAUUCAAAAAAAGUAUAAUUUUCUUCAAAACCUUCAACGCAAAAAAUCAGAUGCGGUACUUAAAGUAUCAUCAGACUGUAUAGAGUAAACUAAGGGUUCAAUUAAAAAGGAUUAUGCCUUGUUUUUAAACCAGGAGGAGUAAACUAAAAAGACAGAUUCACACCCAAGAAAGUCACUAGAAAAAUCAGUAAGCAUAUCUUCUUUCUUGGUUGAUCUUGUCGGCCUUGGACGUUAAUCCAUUAAUAUUAUAUUAUACUAAUACGUCGCUAAAUAGUUCUAAAAACAACUGUUUUUUUUUAUAUAAAAGCAGACUAAAAAUCUGAAAAUCUAAAAGAAUAACUCAGGAAACACAAAAAAUCUUCGAUAUAUCGGAGAUCCGAUAUAACUUAAUUUACCUAUGAAAUGCCAAUAGUGUGAAAAUUUCAUAAAUGUCAAUAAUGUCAAAAUUUCAUAACAGUGGAGUAAACUUGCCUGCGGUUGAACCAAUUACAAACAAGCAUUACGGCGCGGUAAAUUUGAAUUACUCCUUCUGGCUUAAAAACAGAGCAUAGUAUAACCUGUGAUGACAUUUGAUGUUAAUGACAGUGUGGCUACAAUAAUUUUACUUUGUUAAAUUGGUAUUUAAGAGAGUGUAAUUUGUCCAACUAAAUACCUACUGUUUUUUUUAUAUUAUAUCGAACUGAUAAA